UCCAGGGCAGCAACCACCAGCGGUAUGCAAUUUCCACUAGCCUACUGCCCCUCUCUUGAACUGCCUGAUUAAUUAGCACAACUCGAUUGGAGGAAUUGGAGAUGGAGCAUGCCAUAUCGGCUGUAACAGGUGAACUCGCCAGCCGAUUUGUCUCCUUCCUCACCAACAAGUACCACUCCAGCCGCGCAUACUCUGAAGAGAAGCUACUGGCGAGGCUGCAGCAACUGCUACUGAGAGCUCGCACAGUCGUCGAGGAGGCGGAUGGUCGAUACAUCACAAACUCCGGGAUGCUGGCACAGCUCGACAUGGUCGCAGAGGCCAUGUACCGAGGCUACUGGGCACUAGGGGCAUUCAGGUACAGGUCACUUCAACAGACACCAAUGGAGGAGGAGCAGGUUAGCGACUCAUACCCUAAACGUUUUCGCACGGUCCAUGGAAGUGUUAGAAAGAAGAGGGCAACAUACCUUGCCGACUUGAAAGGAGUGCUCGAAAGCUUAGAGUAUGUGGUUUGUAGCAUGACAGAGUUUGUUGUUCUCUUGGGUGGAUGCGACCGUAUGUUGUGUCGACCAUACGACGCGUAUCUUUACAACGACAACAUCAUGUUUGGUCGGCACGCCGAAAAGCAAAAACUCCUGAACUUUGUGUUGCAGCACGGCCCUCCCGGUGGUGCACCGGCUGUCCUCCCCCUCAUCGGUGGUCCUGCGGUUGGCAAGAGGACUCUUGUCGCCCAUGUAUGCAAAAAUGAGAGGGUUAGAUCACAGUUCUCUUCGAUUUUGCACCUGAAUGGGGAUUGUGUUAGUAAAAUUGCAGACCAUAGCAGUCUCUUGUCGGGGAAAGUAUUGGUAGUUGUUGAGCUUGUUUCAGAUGUUGACCACAAGAACUGGGUCAAGUUUUGUUCAACCCUGGCAAGCAUGGACAGUCGAAGCAAGGUGAUCAUCAUCAGCCGGUGUAAAAGUUCAGAGAAACUGGGAACAGUCAAGCCAAUCUUCCUCAACACCCUGCCAUACGAGGAGUUCAACUACCUCUUCAAGACACUUGCAUUCGGGAGCGAGGACCCGGCACAGCACCCGCGGUUAGAACGAAUAGCAGACGAGAUGGCUAGGGAGCUGCAUUCGGAUUGGUCGCUCAUCGCCGCAAACUUGCGUGCUGAUGUGAUGAGAAGGAAUCUUGAUCUCCAUUUCUGGCUCUGCAUGUUGAGCAGGAUGAGAAGAUUUGUUGAGAGGAACUUCUCCAUGUUCGGGGAGCACCCACAGUUGCUCGUUCUGAGACGCCAUCAGAUAGAUGUUACAGACUUCUUGCAUUCUUAUUCUCCACUCCGCGUCAUACCUUCUUGUACCACUGGCAGCAGCCGCACUGAGAUUACAGAAGAAAGGCAACUGCUACCGAAUGUGAGGCUUGGAGAUCUGGUGGCGGAUCCUGGAGCUAGACCACAAGGUGAUUUCAACGUCGUUAGUUGGGAAUCAAGGGUGCCACCUUACACUUCAUUUGUUCAUUUCGUUCCAAGUUGUGCUCCAGGUGUGGCUGAAGAUACCCCUCUGCCUGGGAGGAAACGUUCAGCACAGCAUUUCGUCUGCAGCUAUAUGAGCAUAUAGGAGUUUGGUGAUGUACCGCGAGUCCGCCUCCUCGAUGACCAGGCGAACUCUCGGCAAGAGUCGUUGUAGCUUCUCCACCUUCUCCUCCGAGGACGAUAUGUGAUCUGUAUACUUGUUCAUCAGAAAAGCAACCGUGACAGCGGAUAUGGCAAGAUCUACCCUGAGAUCUCCUGAGAUGUGUUGUAUGAGUGAAAGAUGCAGUUUAUCCUACAAUGGUAUAUAUAGAUAUUCCGGACAGCCAAAUACCCCCUGGUCGGCUACAGCGUAUCACAGGUGAUGGCAGGGACAUGAUGGUUUUUAUAGAGUGAGCGGAAAAAACAUUUUUCCUUUCGUGUGAACAAGCUUUUUGGUACUUUGGUGCCUACAAGGUACCCCGGGGUGAAAUGGACAGACUACCAUAGUACCUACGCAAGCU